AUAUAUACACUGAGUUAGUGAGAGAGAGGGCGAGAGAGGCAGGGACGAGCUGUGCACAGGGCAGAGUGUGUGAGCAGCAGAGAGGGAGAGCGGUAGAGAGACACACACUCUGACUGACUGACACUAACCUGGAAGAACACUCACUUUCGACCGACAGAGAGAGAGAGAGAGAGAGAGAGAGAGAGAGAGAGAGAGAGAGAGAGAGAGAAACAAGCCAGACAGGUAAAUCAGUUGGACCUCCUCCUCCUCCUCCUCCUCCUCCUUCUUCUUCUUCUAUGAUGAUGGACGAUUACACUCUCCCCUUCUGGAUUUACCUGGGCGUUCUCGCCGUGUUUGUUGGUGGAGCCAUGAAGAAGAUUUUGGCGUCCCACCUGAGCACCGCCCCCACCCUGGUGGCCUGGCUGGGGGUCACCGUGCUGGUGGAGCGUCUGUGGGCGUUCUGCAUGCCGGCCCUGCUGCUUCUGAUGCUGCUCGGCCUCGUCUGGUGCCUCUACUCAAGCACCAGGACCAGACCGCCGCCCCCCACCCUGUCUGCACAGGGCAAGGCUGUCUUCAUCACAGGAUGUGACUCUGGGUUCGGGAAGGCGACUGCGAAGUGUCUCGAUUCCAUGGGCUUUGAAGUGUUUGCCACAGUGUUGGAUCUGUCAGGAGAGGGAGCCAGAGAGCUGCAGAGGACCUGCUCGCCCCACCUCACCCUCCUCCAGGUGGACAUCACCCAGCCACAGCAGGUGGACCAGGCCCUGCUCGACACCAAGGCCAAACUGGGCCUCAGAGGUCUGUGGGCGCUGGUGAACAACGCUGGAGUGUGUGUGAACUUCGGAGACGCCGAGCUGUCGUUGAUGUCAAACUUCCGUGGCUGCAUGGAGGUCAACUUCUUCGGCACUCUGAGCGUCACCAAGAGCUUCCUGCCGCUGCUGCGACAGGCCAAAGGUCGCAUCAUCACCAUCUCCAGCCCCGCCGGCGAUCAGCCGUUUCCGUGUCUGGCAGCGUACGGAGCGUCAAAAGCAGCUCUCAACCUCCUCAUUGCCACUCUGCGACACGAGCUGGAGCCCUGGGGAGUUCAGGUGUCCACCAUCCUGCCGUCCUCGUACAAGACAGGUCAGUCCAUUAACCAGGCGUACUGGGAGAAGCAGCACAAACAGCUGCUGCAGGGUCUGUCUCCAGCGCUGCUCGAGGAGUACGGCGAGGACUACGUGACCGAGACCAAGGAGUUGUUCCAGAGCUACGCCAGCCACGCCAACCCCGACCUGACCCCUGUCGUCGACGCCAUCGUCCAGGCGCUGCUGUCGCCACAGCCCCAGGUGCGUUACUUCGCGGGACCCGGCGUGGGGCUCAUGUACUUCGUCCACAGCUACUGCCCCUCCAGCAUCAGCAACCGCUUCCUCCAGAAACUGUUUGUGAAGAAGAAGCUGGUGCCGCGCACCCUGAGGAAGCAGUCGAGCUUCGACCUGAACCUCAGCCUCCACAACAACAACAACAACAACAACAACAACAACAACAACGAGGAGGAGAAACUCAAGUAGCUGUGGUAGAAACAACUAGAGGACCACUUCUCACAGCUGUAACAUGUACAUCUAUGUGUUGUUCAAACUGUUGAAAGGAUCAUAGUGAUGCACCAACAUUGUUUAUUUUAGUUUCUGUAAUGUCUGGCCCUGUGACGCCCCCGUGUGGAUGGUACUGACACUGGCGAGUGGGCAGGGUCAGUGUAGGUCGAUCAGAGAACACUUCACCUGUACUGUGCACUGACGUCACGUGCCUUCACCAGAGAACGAUGGGGGAUCAGCAGCGAGGACCUGACGCUACAGCAGCUCGUUUUCACACAGAAACAAACCGGCACACGACUCUGUCCGAGAAGCUGAAGGAAACAAUAUCUCACACUUAUAUUAUUUAUGUAGUUUGUUUUUCACUUUCAGCUUCACUUUGAGCUUGUUACCGUCACUUCUCACUAAACGUGUUCAGCGCAGUGACACUGUCAGUUUACAGUCGUGCACCAGUCGACCCCAACACACAGCUCCGACUCCGCUCAGAUGGUCUCUAACAAAGUUCAAAUCCACGUUAGCUCUACUGGAGUUAGCAUGCUAACCAGCGAUCUCCUCUGGUAAUACCACUUUGUGCCUCAAGAGGCGACAGUGAGUCCCUUUAGCAUCUGAUCGGCCUACGGGACCAAAGACUUAGAUUUAGAUUUAAGAUCUGAGCGAACUCCCCGACUCACUGCCCCCUGUUGGUUCUGAGAAUGAACUCCACAGUUUGACCCUUUAACUGUGACAAUACUUCACCACUUCACAACAACACAACAACACAACAACACAAAUGUGUGUGUCGCCUUGAGGGGCCCAUGAGGAGCGUGGAUGUGCUCAUGUGACGUAAAGGUUUAGCGUUAGCCGCGGAGAACCAAACCUCCAUGAGUGUAACUCAGGAUUAAGUCGAGAUUAAAGUCGACGUCAAGGCUUCAUUAUUAUUAUUUAUGAUUAUUUAUCGAUUAUUCAGAGCAAACAUCAUCAGUCAUUAGUUUGACUGAUGAUGAAACUUCUGCGCAGAUCUUGGUCAUCGAUGGGAGGGGUCGUGCACAAAGCGUACUAACUCCUCCCGGGUGGCGAGAGACUGUGAAACAAGCGCGCUCAGUGAAACCAGCUGCUGUAGUGACCUGUCCAUCAGCCAGCGUAUUUCCUGCAUCACAGGAAGUGCAGAGUCAAUCCUUUCAAAACAAAAGUACACGGUAGGUUUGACAUGUUUUAUACUUGCACAACCAAAUUAUACUCACGCUAAUCUUUGAUUUUUACUCGUCUGUGAAUAAAAAAACAAUCAACCAGUGAUCACAUGAUCUGCUUCAUCCAAUCAGGUCUGAGUUAUUUUCCUAUUGUACCGUCUAAACAUUUCCAUGUACUGUUGUGGUUUAAAAUAAAAGACAUUAAUGUGUGGUCAUUAAAUCUGAUCACCAUGUUAUCGAUGAGCAGUUUGAAAACAUUGUAUGUAAAUAUUUGUAACUUCCAGUUUUUUAUUGUUUUAUCUCAAGUGUCACAUGUAAAAACAACAUUAAGUCAAAUUUUUGCACCAUCACUAAUAAUAAUAAUCAUAAUAAUUUCAGUCUGAAAAUGAACUUUUGUUUUGUGGAAAUACAUUUUCUUCGAUAGUUUCUCUGUGAAAUCCAGUUUCUUCUUCAGAUUCAGGAAGUUUCAUGUCUGUGAUUAAAAGUAUGAUUUGUUUGUUCAUCUGUGACGAAUUCAACAAAAUCCAAACUUCAACUGUCGUUGUUUUCAAAAAGAUGUUUUCACAGUUCAGACGUGUUCGUUAACGUGCGUCAUGAAUGUUUCUGGAACAUUUGUCCCACGUUCGGUGAGCGUGUUGUGUUUCUCACGUCUGUGAAUUAAGCAUCAUCUCACUUUUUGUUUUCAACCGAAAUAUUUAUGACGUCUUUUCACUCAAACUGUGAAUUUUGUAUGAAAACGUAAAAAAACAACAAAAAAAAAUAUGUAAGAUGUUUUUUCUUUGAUAGAAAUAAACUCAACUUUUUUCA